ACAAACAAAACUGUACUUCGACCAAGCAGGCUUUUAAUUAGUGUGUUCUCUUUAAUCAGGAUACAAUUGACAAUGUAUAUAGUUAUUCAAAUAUUUCAGACACUAUUCUAUCUGAUUUACUGCUACUUAGAAGCUGUCAUUCGCUUCUUUGUCCCAGUGAAGAAAAAAAGUUUUGCCGGUACCAUUGUGUUGGUCACUGGAGCUGGCCAUGGCAUUGGGAAAGAGUUGGCCAUGAAAUUCAGUGAAGUCGGUGCCAGACUUAUCCUGUGGGAUAUAAACAAAAGACAAGUGGAAGAAGUUGAGCAGACAAUUCGUAAAAGUAGACACAAGGAUGACGCUGCCAAGUCUUAUGUCUGUGAUGUCAGCAAGGUCGAAAACAUCAAAGCAACAGCUGCAAAAAUGAGACGAGAGGUGGGAGAGGUGGAGGUGUUGGUGAACAAUGCUGGCAUCCUACAUGGUGGUUCCCUGCUGGAGAUGUCAGAGGAGGACAUCAAGAGGACGUUUGAUGUCAACAUUCUGGCUUAUAUUUGGACAUGUCGAGAGUUUCUCCCCUACAUGGUCAGGCGUAACGAGGGCCAUAUUGUCAACAUGGCAUCAAUGAGCGCUCAGACGGGUGUGGCAUACCUCACUGAAUAUUCAGCUAGUAAGUAUGCUGUACGGGGAUUUACAGAGGCAUUGAAAGACGAGAUGAGAAGAGAGGGCCACACAGGGAUUAACUUCACCACCGUCUACCCCAUGUUUGUAGCCACUGGAAUGACCAAGUAUACGGUUGGCAUAGGGGUCGAGUGGUUGACGCCAGCACAAGUGGCCAUUGCUGUGGUAGAGGGAGCUCAGAUGAACGAGACAUCUGUGUUUAUUCCCAGCUGGUACAGAGGCUUGCUCAAAAUUUCCAGUUUAUGGCCAUCGAAGUUUAAGGAAAAUCCAAACGAGUUGAUGUAUAAAGGUAUCAACCCACAAUACAAGGAGAGAAAUGAUUAAUUAAAUACCCGGGUAUCAACCCACAAUAUAAGGAGAGAAAUGAUUUAUUAAAUACCUGGGUAUCAACCCAUAAUAUAAGGAGAGAAAUGAUUUAUUAAAUACCCGGGUAUCAACCCACAAUACAAGGAGAGAAAUGAUUCAUUUAAUACCCGGGUAUCAACCCAAAAUAUAAGGAGAGAAAUUAUUGAUUAAAUACCCAGGUAUCAACCCACAUUAUAAGGAGAGAAAUUAUUAAUUAAAUACCCAGGUAUCAACCCACAUUAUAAGGAGAGAAAUUAUUAAUUAAAUACCUGAGUAUCAACCCACAAUAUAAGGAGAGAAAUUAUUAAUUAAAUACCUGAGUAUCAACCCACAAUAUAAGCAGAGAAAUAAUUAAUUUAAUACCCGGGUAUCAACCCACACUAUAAGGAGAGGAAUGAUUAAUCAAAUACCCGGGUAUCAAUCCACACUAUAAGGAGAGGAAUGAUUAAUCAAAUACCCGGGUAUCAACCCACACUAUAAGGAGAGGAAUGAUUAAUCAAAUACCCGGGUAUCAACCCACAAUAUAAGGAGAGAAAUGAUUAAUUAAAUACCUGGGUAUCAACCCACAAUAUAAGGAGAGAAAUGAUUAAUAAAAUACCCGGGUAUCAACCCACAAUAUAAGGAGAGGAAUGAUUAAUUUAAUACCUGGGUAUCAACCCACAAUAUAAGGAGAGAAAUGAUUAAUCAAAUACCCGGGUAUCAACCCACAAUAUAAGGAGAGAAAUGAUUAAUUAAAUACCUGGGUAUCAACCCACAAUAUAAGGAGAGAAAUGAUUAAUUUAAUACCCGGGUAUCAACCCACAAUAUAAGGAGAGAAAUGAUUAAUUUAAUACCUGGGUAUCAACCCACAAUAUAAGGAGAGAAAUGAUUAAUUUAAUACCCGGGUAUCAACCCACAAUAUAAGGAGAGGAAUGAUUAAUUAAAUACCCGGGUAUCAACCCACAAUAUAAGGAGAGAAAUGAUUAAUUAAAUACCUGGGUAUCAACCCACAAUAUAAGGAGAGAAAUGAUUAAUUAAAUACCCGGGUAUCAACCCACACUAUAAGGAGAGAAAUGAUUAAUUAAAUACCCGGGUAUCAAUCCACAAUAUAUAAGAAGAGAAAUGAUAAUUUCACAACAAUUAAGAAUCUGCUAUAUUGUUCACCAAAAGAUAAGGGGCUGUAUUCGAUAACCAAAUUAGAUCUACCUUAAGAGUAAAAUCUGAGUGUUUCCCAUCUAAAUAUGUGUUAAACAUGCAUUAAAUCUGCAUUAAACACAGUGGUAUUGGCACCAUAUUGGCAUGCAUACUCUCUGAGAGAAUUAAAAUCUAGAAAAAAAUACACUUUUUGUGACUGAAGCGCAUGUUAUCUGCACUUAUUUGUUUUAUUUUGGACUAAAACUGCUAUAAUGCACUAAAGCACAUUUUUCUGCAUUUAAAGUGCAUUUUUUCUAGAUUAAAAGCACUUUUUUGCGUUAAAAGCUAUUAUUUUCUGCAUUAAAAGUGCAUUUUGGUGAAAAGCAUAUUUUUUUUUAGAAGGGUUUGAUUGAACUUAAACAUUAAUAAAUAAUCAAUAGACUGAAUGAAAUUAUUGAGACAUAUCUAAGGAUAAGAAUUGUAUUGAAUACUGGCUUGGCCAUGAAUUAUUUUAUUAGCAAGUGCUGAUGCACUGUUGUCUGCGAAUCAAUAAGGGCUAUUCCAUUUAAACAUGUAACCCCCGGGGGGGAAGGCACAUUUAAACUAUGCCCUCCCCCUACAGAAGCAAAUUUAUCCUUUUGGGGUCAAAAUUAGCGAAAAAAGACACCCACCCAUAUACUGUUCAAAUAAUUGCCUUCCCCCUCCCCCCACCCCCCAGGGGUUAUAUGUUUUACUGGAAUAGCCCGAAAUAAUGCUGCUGAAAAUUUUUACUCUCAGCUUUGCACAAUUACCGUACAGGAAUGUUAAAUGCCUGCUUACUCCAUAUUAUUUUGGUACCGCUUAAAAGGAUUUCGUUACAUAAGAGUUUGAAUAGAAUUAUGUGAUUGAUAUACUUGAGAAAGUAUCGCUCACAAGGUUUUUGGUCAGAAAGGUUGCAAAACAGGUCAGUUACUGUUUGAUUUCAGUGGAAAUGAUGAUCUUAUUAGCAAUACCACAAACUGCAAUAACUUGUAUAUGUGUGAUGUUUUUAAGAUGGUUUAUUUUACAUAUUUGUUAUCAGUGAAAAAUGCACUUUCAAAUGGUACCAAAAAUAAAUGUGAUCGAAAUUUAGCAUUAGGCAAAAAGAAAUGGCAUGAUAAGAUAAAAAUAGUAUUUGUACCCCAAAAAAAUUAAAUGUCCAAAUUAAAAAUAAAUGCAAAAAUAGACCAUUGCCAAAUUAAAAUAAUCUACGUCUGCGGCAUUAACUAACCACAAUAAUGGGCAUUUAGAGAACUUUUUUUAACAUUCAGACAUUCAUUAUGUUCCCCUGGUGUAGAGUUGCCAAGAACUCAACACUGAAGCAGCUGUUUAUAUGAACUACAGCACUAACUAGUAUACAUUGAUUUGGAUGGAUCAUUUACAACUGUGCCAAACAUAGGUACUACCAUAGGGGCUUAUGUUUUGGAAAUAAAGUGUUACUAUUGACAAUAAAUGUGUCAUUCUUUAUCAUUCCAUCCACAAUUAAUAAUUUAAAUUAUCCAAUAUGAACAUGUAUAGCUACAAGUAUGACUUUAAACAUGGUAACCACACAUUUAUUAUUGGUAAUAACAUCUUUUUUCACAAACGUCCGAGCCUCUGUGGGUAGUACUUGCCAAAUUACUUUCAAAAGUCUCAUGUUUAUAUCCAAGUUUUGUCUGGAAAAUGUAUUAUUGCAACAGUUGUUACACAAACAAUUCCUGUGGAAUAACAGACAUUGCAAAACUACUGAAAUACUAUUGGGAUUUUAUUUUUUCCUGCAGAUGUAAGAAUCAUUAAGAAUGGGCAGAGUGAGCGUAGCAAACGAUCCCUUCUUAAUUAUUAAGAAUUCACCUCAAUGCAUCUAACUUACUUAGAAUACAACCUCAUUGGCUGAUACAUUGUCAACAAAAACUCUGACGCAGGGAAUGUGUAUUGAAUGAUUGGCAGUAGGCGGAUUUUUUAACAUGCACGAAAGCUGAAAAUCUUAAUGAUUAAGUCCACUACUUAAUGGUUGCCUUUCUGCAAUUUCAUUUGCGUAAAAUGUAGGUUGUAUUCUAAAUGCUAUAAAAACAUCCUAUUUUAAUAAUAUGUAAUUGACCUCAAGUGAUAUCUUUUUAAAUGUCCUCUUUGUUUGACAAAGGAUUGAAUAUUUUAUAUGGAAUGAUAUUGUUAUGUUUUUGCUGUGUUAAUUAAUUAUGCAAUUAUUAUACUAUACAUGUGUACGCCUAGUUAAGAAUGUUUGGGGUUAAUAGAUGUUCAAUAUAACAUUAAACAUAGACAUAUCUUGGAAUUUUAUUAUCUAAAUGCACUAGCGCAUGUUUGCUCCCUUAUGAUGGAUGGCUUACCUUUAUUGUACCAUAUUUGAUUUUCUUAAUUGUAGUUUGAAUUUUUAUGAAAUUAGGCCUAAA